GGAUCCUCGGCGACGGCUGCCGCGGCGGCGGCUGGGCUGGCGUGUAGUUCUGGGCGCGCGGCGGCCGUUGGCUUGCUGGUUUCCCGGGGACGCGGCUUCCAUGGCUGCGGCCAGCGUGACCCCUCCCGGCACCCUGGACGUGCUGCAAUUCGGCUUCGCAAAGACCAUCCUGGGGACCAAGCUGGAGGACAAGUACCUGUGCUCUGCCUGCAAGAACGUCCUGCGCAGGCCCUUCCAGGCGCAGUGUGGCCACCGCUACUGCUCGUUCUGCCUGAGCAGCAUCCUCAGCUCUGGGCCCCAGAACUGCGCCGCCUGCGUGCACGAGGGCAUCUAUGAGGAGGGCGUUUCGAUUCUAGAAAGCACCUCGGCUUUCCCGGACAACGCUGCCCGCAGGGAGGUGGAGAGCCUGCCGGCCGUCUGCCCCAGUGAGGGCUGCACCUGGAAGGGGACCCUCAAAGAGUACGAGAGCUGCCACGAAGGACACUGCCCGUUCCUGCUGACCGAGUGCCCGGCGUGCCGAGGCCAGGUCCGCCUCGGCGAGAGGGAGCGGCACGCGGAGCAGGAGUGCCCCGGGAGGAGCCCACGCUGCCGGCACUGCAGGGCCCCCUGCGGCGGGGCCGGUGCGAAGGCGCACCAGGAGGUCUGCCCCAAGCUCCCUCUGGCGUGUGACGGCUGUGGCAAGAAGAGGAUCCCGCGUGAGAAGUUUCAGGACCACGUGAAGACGUGCGGCAAGUGCCUGGUGCCCUGCCGGUUCCAUGACGUCGGCUGCCCUGCGAUGGUGGAGGGCGAGAAGCAGCAGGAGCACGAGGGGCAGUGGCUCCGCGAGCACCUGGCCAUGCUGCUGCGCGUUGUGGAGGCCGCAUGCCCACCCCAGGGCCUGGGGGGCGGCUGGGAGGCCGGAGCUCUGGCCCCGGGCCCGCAGCCCCCUGCGGCGGCGGAGCUGCUGCGCCGGUGCGAGGCCCUGGAGAGGAAGACGGCCACCUUCGAGAACAUCGUCUGCGUCCUGAACCGCGAGGUGGAGCGGGUGGCCAUGACUGCCGAGGCCUGCGGCCGGCAGCACCGGCUGGACCAGGACCGGAUCGAAGCCCUGAGCAACAAGGUGCAGCAGCUGGAGAGGAGCCUCGGCCUGAAGGACCUGGCGGUGGCCGACCUGGAGAAGAAGGUGCACGAGAUGGAGGCGUCCACCUUCGACGGGGUCUUCGUCUGGAAGAUCUCGGACUUCGCCAGGAAGCGCCAAGAGGCCGUGGCCGGCCGCACACCCGCCAUCUUCUCCCCAGCCUUCUACACCAGCAGGUACGGCUACAAGAUGUGUCUGCGUUUGUACCUGAACGGGGAUGGCACUGGGCGGGGCACGCACCUGUCCCUCUUCUUCGUGGUGAUGAAGGGGCCCAACGACGCCCUCCUGCGCUGGCCCUUCAACCAAAAGGUGACCCUGAUGCUGCUCGACCAGGACAACCGAGAGCACGUGAUCGACGCCUUCAAACCCGAUGUGACCUCGUCCUCUUUCCAGAGGCCUGUCAGCGACAUGAACAUUGCGAGCGGAUGCCCCCUCUUCUGCCCCGUCUCCAGGGUGGAGGCCCGGAGCUCCUACGUGCGUGACGACGCCGUCUUCAUCAAGGCUAUCGUGGACCUGGCGGGGCUCUAGUCACCUCUCCCGGGUGCCAGGCAGCCCCGGCCA